AAUGCAAUGACUGUAACACCUAAUAUUGAUAGGCAAGAUGGCGCUGACUUUGAGAAGUGGAUAUCUGGAGAUGCUGAGAACGUGUUGGAGAUUACAAGCACGUCAUGUGAAAAUUCCUGUUCUUAAUCAAAUGGGACUUCUGUAUCCUGCAAUAGCACGUCAUCGAAGUUCUCAGAGCAAAUUACCAUCAAGCAGUUAUGUACCACCGACGUCCUUAUCCAGACCACCGUGGCCAGAAGUGUCCUAUAUCAGCAGUGACGAAGAGGAGAGGCAGCACAAAGUGGUUCUAGAAAAUGUGAACACCCUUCUUGCAAAGGAAGACUAUGGAAGGCUUUUUGCAGUUGUCCAUUUUGCAAGUCGACAGUGGAAAGUGACAAAUGAAGACCUGAUCCUCAUUGAAAACCACAUUGAUGCUGAAUGUGGUGACAGGAUUAGACUUGAGAAGGUGCUGCUGGUUGGUGGAGAAGAGUUCACGCUGAUUGGGAGGCCCCUACUCGGUCGUAAUUUGGUCAGAGUAGAGGCAACUGUCAUUGAGAAGACUGAAUCCUGGCCCAAAGUUCACAUGCGGUUCUGGAAAAGACACAGAUACCAGAAGAAAAGAAUUAUUGUGCAACCACAAACAGUGCUUCGGAUCAACACAAUUGAAGUUGCUCCCAGAUUGACAUGAUGGUAUAUGUUUUGAAUUGUAAAUAAACUUUUGGCCAAUGAAUGUGCCACUGAAAUUUGGAACACAUGCUCAGUUGAAAAUAUAAAUGGGAAAACAUAGUUAUGGACAACAUUUGGUAUCUUUCAAGUGAAUCUUUGUAAAUGUGCCUUUUUAUGUAAUCAGAUGUGUUUAAGUACAAUUUAAGCAAACUGUCAUAGGUCAAUUGUUUAUGAAUCUGUUAUGAAAUUAGUGAAAUCCAGGUGCAGUUUCUCACCUAUAUGACAAAUAGCCAUAGGACACCUAUGAUAUCAUGUUGCACAGCGGAGAAACCUAGCUUGAAGACAGCAAAGAAGGAUAACAUAAUAUAGUAAGUGAAAAUCUGGGACACGUGUGUUUUCACACUUGGUCCCUUUCAGCCAAGUUUUGUGAACUCAGUGUGGUUCGCUUAAUUUUUUUUGCAGUGUGAAUACUCCAAAAUAACUCAGACCUUUCAAAAGGUCCCCCGAACCGAACUGAGACCGUCUCGAGAGGUGGUCUCAGUUCGGUUCCCUUUUUUAGGACAAUGUGAAAACAAAGCUCCCCAAGUUUGCUUGUCAUUAUUCGCGCACCACACACUAGACUACUGCAACACCGUUUCCCCUGCUAUAAACCCUCACAUUGGUGCCACAAAGAGAGAUGAUGCAGGUUCCAUGGAAGAAAAUGUGUGCUCAUUUUGGUUAUUGAUUAGUGAUUUGUCAAGGAGUUUUAUUCAAUAUAAUCAAUAUUGUAAACAAGUAAUCUACAAAAAAAAUGGAUCUAUUGGCUGAGAGCUUCAUAAGCUGUUUAUUGUUUGUGGAGUUUCAAUAGUGAGAAGACAACAUAUUUGGUGAGAAUCGCAACAUAGGGUACGCAAUUUAUUCUUGCUCUUAAAGGGGCAGUAGCCUACCUUGGGUGUACAAUUUUCAAUGACAGCAUUAUUUAUUCUGCAGUUGUACUAUUACUAUGUAUUCUGUUACCAAUCAAAUGUACAUGUUACUAGUAUCUUCCGAUUAUAAUUACUGUACUUUU